GCCAUCAUGGCCCUCUUCCUGGGGGAUGUUGCGACCCUGGCUGCUGUGGCGCUGAGGUCCGGCUACGCGCAGCUGCCUUUCCUGCUGCCGCUGCCACUGCUGCCCGUGGCCUUUCGCCUCCGUGCCGAAUUCCGCUUUGCCGAGCCGUCACGACGGCUGUCGCUGCGAGCCGCACGGACGCUCGAU